GCGGGCACAUGUGAAAAUUUUUGCUCAUACCAAUGAUAUUCGCAAUAGUGCCGGGUUGAAGUGCGGAUCGAAAGCGAGCUAACAGAUUGCCAACAGUCUAUGUUAACACAGUUGGAACGGAAAGAUUAAAGUAUAUCAAAAUAAAAAAUGAGGAUCCUUCUAUACUCGUUGCUAGCAGUUCUUAUACUCAAUGAUUUUUUCCUAGAACCCACAAAAGCACUCGACUGCAAUUACUAUGAUACUGUUGACUUAACUGGCAUUCAGCCCUUUAAAAAUGGAUCCUAUCCAUACGAAAACAUCAUUAUACCCGCCGAUUUAAUCGGUGAAUAUGAUUAUAGAUUAACGGGAGUAGAUGAUGAAAGAAUUGAAGUUCCCAAGUAUAUUCGGGGAUGUGCCUGUAGAUUAAAGUCCUGUGUGCGAUUCUGUUGCCAUCAUAAUCUGAUGUUUAUGAAUGGCGAAUGUAUUGGCGACACGGAUAAGGCAUUGGAAUAUGAUCCCUACUUGAAUAUAACCACGAGUGAUGGUUCGGUUGUGGAGAAACAUGUCCUCAACGAGUUUGUCGUCCAACGGCAUCUACCUUUGCCCUGUUCAGAGAUUGGAACUUAUCAUCUCGAUGAUCGCAUCGAGGGCUAUGAGUGGUCGCUGUUUGAAAAUGGAUCAUUCAAACGGACAUUCGAUGGAGUCAGUUUAGACAAGAGGGAAUACUGCUUGCAGCCAGUUGAGCUACCAGAUCGGGAAAUUCGUCUUGUUCCCCACAAUUGUCAAAUUCCGUCGUCUUCGAACAUUGUUCCCAAAAUAGUCAUUCCCAUUUCAUUGGUGUGCUUUCUAAUAACCAUCGUUGUUUACUUAUAUUUACCAAAGCUACGAAAUCUUCAUGGAAAGUGUUUUGUUUGCUACUUGAUAAGCUUGUUUAUCGGUUAUUCAAUGCUAUUACUUGAUAUAUACAAAGCAUGUAUAUAUUACUAUUAUUUGUGCUAUAUAACGGGUUAUUUGGGAUACUUUGGCAUCUUGGCCGCCUUCUUUUGGUUGACUGUCAUCAGCUUGGAUCUGUGGAAUUCGUUCCGUGGCACCAACUACAAUGUGAAUCGUUUUACAUCAGGAAAUCGCUUUCUCAUCUAUAAUUUAUAUGCCUGGGGCAUGCCUCUUGUAUUAACCAUUUUGAUUGCUAUUCUCGAUCAAGUAUUAUUGGACCCAUACUUAGAAGAUCUAACUUGGGUACCCGGAGUGUACUAUAAUGGAUGCUGGAUUAAGACUUUCGACUGGUCGGCCAUGGUGUAUUUUUAUGGACCAAUGUUGAUAUUAAUCAUAUUCAACACAAUUCUGUUUAUUCUGACUGCUGCACGCAUUAUGGUGAUCAAAAAAGAUAUACAUACGGUUGUGGAUCGUCAGGAUCGUCGGCGUAAAAUUAAUUCAGAGGAGACUUACAGCUUGUUUGCGCGAUUGGUUGUCAUCAUGGGCAUUUCCUGGAGUUUAGAAAUCAUAUCGUAUUUGGUUCAACACCAUCCUGUUUGGAGUACUAUCUUUUUAUGUGCUGACUACUUCCAUUAUGCGCAGGGUAUUGUCAUACUUGUGCUCUUCGUUUUGAAACGAAGCGUUCUGAAACUAUUUAUAGAUCGAUUAAAUGAACAACAUCAACCGCACUCAGCAGCCUUUAAAACUCGUAUUGCAACCAGCAGUCAUCAACUUCUACUAAGAGUCCGUAACAAGUAAUUUAAUAUCUUAAAGUAAACUAAUUUUUACGAAUUUAACAAGUAUUGCCAUACCAAUUGUGUAAAGUAAAAAAUUCUCAGUAAUUAAAAGA